GGUGGAAAUUGUAAACGAGUCGAGUCCGGCCGGGAUGAGAAUAGCUUUUGUGAAGACCUGAGACCUAAUCAGCGGAAAUUCGACUAUCUUUCCUUUCGGCGCAGCAUGUAUUUGAUGUACAUUCGCCAUGUUCGACUCUUCUACCCGCAACCAAUCAGUCGUAUCUCACUUUGUCCGUCAUGUGUUUUUUCCACACAACCCACACAGCCCAAUUCUAAAUGCCAUGCUCUCUUCUUUCGUGCUCAGCUCAUGCUUUCCGUGGCCUCGGACGCCGUCAAAGAGGCCAACAAGCUGGCGACUGACAGGUCGACGAAGCCGGACUCGCACGCCAAAGGCGGCAGACAACAUUCGACCAAGGGCCGGACGAACGAAGCUGUCGCCAAGGCGACGGAUCUUCCGAUGUCAAAGGUUAGUGGAUGGAACUUGUCUCUUCUCUUCUUCCUUUCGCCCCUACGAACUGCCAUAAACUCGGUUCUUCCGGUACCACACAAGCCCUUUGGACAGCCAUCCAGCAGGUCCCGCUUUGCAGCUUUUCGGCUGUUCGGCUGUUCGGCUGCACAUUGUCACUCGAUUCAACCAGUCGACCGGUCUUCGGGACGUCUCCGAAUGGACUGUCCGAUUGGGCCGAAUCUGCUUCGUGAGACCGCUUCUCCGGAACGAACAAAGAGCAAAGACCCUGUCGACUUCUUGCCGCAGUCCACGGAAGACUGGGCCUGUUACGAGGCUCCGGAGGCUCUGAUCGAAGUCUGCUGCGUCGUUUACCGCCAGUUCCUGCGGGAGACGGCCUCACCAGCCUCCGGUCCGCCCGACGUCCCUCCAGUCUCGAGACACUUCGAGGCUGUUCACCGACCGACGGCUCAGAAGUGGCAACUACGGGCGCUUCGUCUGCCUAACCAGAUCACAAUUCCCUAUCCGGUGAGACCUUUUCUCAUGGGCGUGGUAUGUGAUUUAAGAAUUGGUGGUUGA